GAUUUCAUCAUUGUUGUGUUGUACCCCAUUACAUUUUCAUUGUUUGUUUAGCUUCUUCUUUGUGUUUAGCUGCCUGCAUUCUGCAAGCAACUGGGUGACCUUUUAGUUAUUGCAAGCCGAGUCAAUGAAUGGGUGCCCUAGUAGUGUGUAUAGGUAAUAAUAAUAUGUUUGUUCGUCUAAAAUUGGGAUGAGCGUGGCUGCUUAUUAUCCUCUCAAACUCGAAUGACUCUAUGAUCCCAUUUCCAUAUUCAGUUUCACCAUUAUCAUUCGCCAAUCUUUAUCCCCAAACGUUGUUAGCAAUGGAUGUGAGGAGACUGGCGGCUGUCAUUAAACCCAUCUAUAUCUACACCCCAAUCACACGCCCCUUGACCUGCGCGACUUCCUCGUCUCCUAUUCCUUCUCCAGCUGCCCCACAAAUCGAUCCUCAACGGCAGCCUCCUUCUCCGCUUCCCGUGAACCAGAGUUUGCUCGAUACUCUAUCUUCUAUUCUCUCUAAGCCUUCCCUUGAUUCUUCCAAAUCCAAACAGCUCCUUCCUCUUUUAUCCCCUUCCGAUUUUGAUCGAUUUUUCAUCGCUCUUUCGCCUCGUGCCGAUCCCAAAACCACUCUUAACUUUUUUCACCUUGCUUCCCGUUCUUUUAACUUCCGUUUUACGCUUCGAUCCUACUGUAUUUUGAUUCUUUUGCUUCUUCUUUCAAAUAAUUCUUCCGCUGCUAGGUUGCUUUUGAUUCGUUUGAUUGAUGGGAAGCUGCCACUUUUCUCUCCUAACAAUCCUCCUACCGUUAAUCACAUUCAGAUUGCUAUUGCAUUGGCGGAUUUGAAUACCUCUUUUAAGGGGGUUGCGGGGGUUGAUUUGUUGCUGCAUCUCUAUUGCACCCAGUUCAAGAAUGUGGGUUUUACUUACGCUAUUGAUGUCUUUUUCACACUGGCCUACAAGGGUAUAUUUCCUUCUACCAAGACUUGCAAUUUUUUCUUGAAUUCUUUACUUAAGGCUAAUGAAGUGCGAAAGACGUACCAAGUAUUUGAAACUUUGUCUCGUUUUGUCUCCCUUGAUGUCUACUUGUGUACUACAAUGAUUAAUGGAUUUUGCAAGGGUGGGAGAAUUCAGGAUGCCAUGGCUCUGUUCUCUAGAAUGGAAAACUUGGGUAUCUCUCCAAAUGUAGUUACUUAUAAUAAUAUUAUCCACGGAUUAUGCAAGAGUGGCAGACUGGAUGAAGCAUUUCAGAUUAAGCAAAACAUGACAAAACAGGGUGUUGACCCCAGCCUCAUUACAUAUAGUGUUCUUAUCAAUGGUUUGAUUAAAUUGGAUAAAUUUGAGGAAGCCAAUUCAGUUUUGAAGGAAAUGUCUGAUAAGGGCUUUGCCCCAAAUGAGUUUGUAUAUAAUACAUUAAUUGCUGGCUACUGCAAAAUGGAAAAUAUUGAUGAGGCACUUAGGAUAAAGCAUCAAAUGUUAUCCAAUGGGAUGAAGCCCAACUCUGUCACAUUCAAUUUGCUUAUGCAUGGAUUUUGCAGGGUUGGCCAAAUGGAGCAUGCUGAGCAUCUUUUAGGGGAAAUGUUGUCUAGAGGGUUAUUUAUAAACAUUGGCACAUUUAGUUCUGUAAUUCGAUGGUUAUGCUUGCAGUCUAGGUUUGAUUCUGCUCUACAUUUUACGAAAGAAAUGUUGUUGAGAAAUUUAAGGCCCAAUGACGGGUUGAUGACAAUGUUGGUUGGCGGACUUUGCAAGGAACGAAAGCAUUAUGAAGCCAUUGAACUUUGGUAUAGGCUAUUCGAAAAAGGAUUUCCUGCUAACAUUAUAACGUCCAAUGCUUUAAUUCAUGGUUUAUGUGAAGCAGGUAAGGUACAAGAGGUUAUUAGGCUUCUAAAGGAGAUGUUGCAGAGGGGUUUGAUAUUUGAUAGGGUCUCAUACAAUACACUCAUUUUGGGAUGUUGCAAAGAGGGGAAAGUGGAAGAAGCUUUUAGAUUAAAGGAAGAAAUGUUUAAGCGUGGAAUUCAGCCUGAUAUUUACACUUACAAUUUGCUUAUACUUGGCAUUUCGAAUAUGGGGAAAAUGGAAGAUGCUGUCAAGGUUUGGGAUGAAAGCAAAAGCCAUGGUCUGAUUUCCAAUGUUUAUACGUAUGCCAUCUUGAUAGAUGGAUUCUGUAAUGUUGAUCAAAUUGAAGAGGGUCAAAACUUGUUGGAUGAAGUGGUUACUACCAAACUGGAGCUCAACGCUGUUAUUUACAACACUCUGAUUAGAGCUUACUGUAAAAAAGGGAAUAUGAAGAUGGCCUUUCAACUUUGUGAUGACAUGAAAAGCAAGGGCAUCCUACCAACUAUUGGCACAUAUUCUUCUCUAAUACAUGGAAUGUGCAACAUAGGUCUUCCUGACGAUGCAAAGCGACUUCUUGUGGAAAUGAGAGGUCUGGGCUUGUUGCCAAAUGUUGUCUGUUAUACAGCACUAAUUGGAGGUUAUUCUAAGUUAGGCCAGAUGGAUACAGUUGCGAGUCUUAUACAAGAAAUGUCUUCGUAUGAUAUACAACCAAAUAAAGUUACCUAUACCAUUAUGAUCAAUGGAUACUGCAAAUUGGGUAAACUGAAUGAGGCAGCAAAACUUCUCACAGAGAUGAUUAAACGUGGAAUUGCCCCUGAUGCCGUUACUUAUAAUGCCUUCAUGAACGGGAUAUGUAAAGAAGGGAGGGUGAAUGAUGCUUUUAGAGUAUGUGAUAAUAUGAAUAGUGAAGGAUUGGCAUUAGAUGAUAUUACCUAUACGACUUUGAUCCAUGAGUGUCCCUGAGGGCUGGUUGCAAAUUUUGGCAUGGAAAGUUUAUUGUUGACCAUGGGACAACAAUGAUACUUCUCUUUCUCAAAUACUGUACUGGUUGCUAAACAUCAGAGUUGCAUGCUUGCUUCUCACGCCUAGAAUGUCAGGUGCAUUUGAGCUUGAGAUUCCUGACUGAGCUGUUAGCCGCAACAGGCUGAUGCUGCAGGAUGCACAUGUGUGGGGGUUGUGAUGACUUUCUUGCAUCAUGAAGAUGAAUUGGGAGAGAACUUCUCCUGGAUGAAUAGAAGUGCCAUGUAUCACAAUCAAGUUCCUCACUUUUCUCUGCUAAAAACUGAAUGUGAGGCACACAGUGGUUGUAAAACUGAAUCAUACUCCAAUGCUGCAGCAAGUUGUGGCCAUAAGAUAGCGGAAAUGACCCAUGAGCCAUCACCCCUAGCACUUGGCCUCUGGUUCAUGUAACCAACUCCACUGUUUUCAAUUGUGGAGGAGACUGUUCCGAGCACGGGACUACCAAACCCGAAGUCCAAUUCAGCAACCGGAAAUCUUCGUCCGGAUGAAAUAACAAGGGCAGGCCCUUCCCGACCUAGGACAAAUCUUGGGAGCAUCAAUCCAGGUUUGUGGCACUCAAUCCAAUCAAUCAAAUCCUGGAAAUGAGCUUCAUUAGUUACCUUGGAUAUAGCCCUAUGAACAUUGUUGGCAAUUGCCGAUAUGGAGCCCUGCUUUAUUUCUACAAUGCUUGCCUCUUCAAUAGCCACAGAUAAUACGUUACCAAUGUAAUUUGACAUGGAGCUAUGACUUAGUCUACCACGUCCAUCAACUAACCAACCCAUCUUGCAGUUAGCGUGGCUUUCAUCAAUGCUUGUUGCCAUAAUCUUCCAAACAUAGGCAGAGAAAGCCUCGAUUUUCGUUCUCUUGUUACUGUCGGCAGAUGCAAGAGUUUGCAGGUGAUUGAUGCUCGAGGCGUCAACAAAGUAAAGGCGCUUGAGCAAGAUGCCGGUUUUAGGUAUGUUUCUAAUAUCUUCAAGCGUGCACUUGACAAAAACAUGAUUGAAAUAAGGGUGAUACGUAGGAGGGAGGCGCGGUGGAAGGCUUCUCCCGAGAUCAAGAUCCGGUAUGCAAGAGAGAGGCAUGUCACGAGCUAGUUGGGACCACGAGGAGAGAAAGUUGCCAAAAGCAGUGGCAUCACCUAGAGCAUGGUCGAAGGUAAAAGUAAUGGACACCCCGCCACAAGUGUAAUAUGUUACUUGAACCUGCACAGGAAAAGGAAACUCGUCGGGGUUCAGGCACGAGACCAGUAUCCCUUCAAGGGUCUGGUUUAAAUUGUAGAAAUCCAGGUGGAUCAAAGGGAUAUUGGCCACUGCCUCCACUAGCAGGGCACCGUUGUUGUCACAUAUGAUUAGAGUCUGGCUUGUUUGCGGGUCUUCUACUAUUCGACCAGCAAAAGGAUAGUAGUAACUCAGAGUUUUGGCGAGUGAAGUCUUGAGUGACUCAAACACAUUAUUACUAAUAUUGAUCGAACCUCUGUCUGAUCUGCUGUGAUAAUAUAAGUACAAGUAUGUCACUGGGAAGCGGCCGGAAAGAAGAUCAAGGUUUGAAAGUGUAAGCUUAUGGUGACGCUCUGGUGAGAGAUAUUCAUUCAUAGCUUUAACAAUGCACUUUUUCCUCAGUAUUACUGACAUUUUUCUUUCUUUUGGAUUCUCCUCCAUCUCUCAGUAA